AUGCUCGCUCUCGCCAUUACGACGCCCUCGCACCACGCCGCUCACGUGCCCGCGGGGCGUGGAGAAGCAAUCGUCACGCGCAACCUCACCGGCAUAUUUGCCACCGACGUGCUGGCGCCCGCACCGCGCGGGCUCAAGAAGCCCGCCGAUCUCCGCGAGGACCUCCUCGUCUGGGAAACCUCCAUCCUACUCGGCCCGAUUACUUCCUGCGACUAUUACUUUCCCUCGGUCGGCCAGCACGGAGAGCCGGCGGCGGAAAAAUCCGCCGGCCGCGAGCCGCCGGCCGACUCACCGCGCCUCGAGAACCAGGCAACGCGUCGGGCGACCAACACUGAGCCCGACCGCCGCGCCUCCGUGACAUUCCUCUUUCCUUGCGCGUUCAUGCUGGCAGCGCUGAGCCUCGCGGCGUCACGCGGGUUGCUGCUGCGUGGGCGGCAGGAGAAGAAGAGCAUGCAUGGCCGCACCCGCGCAGCUCACUUGCUCGCCAGCGCAAGUGCUUUCCGAGUUGUGGCCGAGCAGCUCCGCUCCCUUAUCGAGGAGGCUACUGCCGACAUGUCCGUCUACCUGGCGCCGGGCAACGUCGAGAUCAUCGGCUCGACUCUGACGAAUUGCUCGGCUGGCGGGCACGGCGGCGUCGCUGCGUGGUACAGCAGCGGUGCGGUCUCGCUAGCCGGCUCGACCGUGACUGACUGCUCGGCUGGAUCUGCCGGCGGCGUCGUCUACGCGAGGGACAGCGGUGCGGUCUCAAUAAGCGGUUCCACCAUGACGGGCUGCAGGGCUACUGGCCUUUACGGGCUCGGCGGCGUCGUCUUCGCGUCGCACAGCGGUGUGGUCUCGAUAAUCAAGUCGACCGUGACGAGCUGCUCGGCUCUGGGCCUCGGGGGCGUCGUCUACGCGUAUCAGUGCAGUGGUGCGGUCUCGCUUAUCGGCUCGACCGUGACGGGCUGCUCGGCUGGCGAGCUCGGCGGCGGCGUCGUCGCCGCAAGGUACAGCGGUGCGAUCUCGAUAAUCGACUCCACCGUGACAAACUGCUCGGCUGGCAUUGGCGGCGUCGUCUACGCGGAGCAAAGCGAAUCCCUCCUGGUCGCUCAUGUCGCCUUCACCAACAACACGGCGCUGGCGGCAGCCUCGGUGCUGUACCUGGAAGACCUCGAGCAACGCUCGUCGAUCAGCAACGCCUUUUUCAUCGGCAACAACGGUGUCACGAUACAGACUCUGACCUCGACGAUAGAUUGGGAUUGCCGCCUUGGCAGCUGGAUGCAGGCAACCGGCUAUUUCAUCGGCGAUCUCAGCGCCCCCGACUUCUAUCAGGUCUGCAUUGUGCUCCCCACCACCUACUCGGCGCGGCUGCCGGAGAAGUACACGGACUGGACCUACGCACUCUCCAACGUCAUCUCCAUCGACUGGUCCGGCUUAAUCCUUCCGGCCCAGUGCAUGCCGUACGCCAAUCGACUCGUCGUCUUCGCUACUUCUCCCAUCGGCCUCAUCGCGCUGCUGCUGCUGGCGGGCGUCGGAUUGCGGCUCUGGCGCAGGCGUGCUGCGAGCGGCGGCACGGACAUCGGCGAGGGCGAAGCAUCGGCGUCGGCUAUGCACAUAGACGAAUCGCGGGUCUCUGCAUCGGCGAGAUCUUGGCUUGCGGAGGCAGUCCUCGGCCUCCUCGAUCUCACGCCCGCCGGUUUGGUGCUCAUCUUUUUGUUCGUGCCUUCUGUCAGCGUCUCCAUCUUCCGCUCCUGGUCGUGCCAUGCCUACACCAUCUCUCCGCCCGACGAGCCCCUGCGGCAGGUUUCCUACAUGCGGCAGGACGCGAGCGUCGAGUGCUACACCGCGGAUCACGAGUCCAUCACCGGCCUCGCCAUCGGCUUCGUCGUCGUCUGGCCCGCCGGCUCGCUGGUCCUCUACUCGGCCCUCCUUCUUGCCUGCCACAAGCCGCUGCAGGCCAAGACGCCGAAUGCUCUGACACGGGCGACCGCCUUCCUCCACCAGGAGUACGAGCUGACCUACUUCUGGUGGGAGGCGCUCGAGCUGGCGCGCAAGCUCAUGCUGACGGGCUUCGUGCUGCUGAUCCCGGAGAAACACGCCUUUCGCCGCCUCAUGGUGGCGACGGUCAUCUGCUGCUUCUACUCCGUUGUCCUCGCCGUCGUUCGGCCCUACAAGCGGGUGGAGGACGAUUGCCUUGCUGUCGCCACGAGCUUUGUGCUGCUCCUCUUCUUCCUCGCCACGAACUGGACGACCAUCUUCCUCGGCAUCCAGGAGCGCUCCGGGCUCGAUGACGCUGCUGCAGUCCUCGGCUUCGGCAAGCUGGACGGGGUCGAAAAUGUCGUAAAUUGGAUGAUCAUCCUCGUGGCCUUCGCGCUCUUGAUCUUCCUCAUCGGCGCCAUCGUCGCCGUCCGCCGCGUCGCCAUGGUCCCCACGAUUCGGCUCGUCUCGGACAGGCAGCAACCGGAGCUGACGCUGGCGCGAGGCCACACAUGGCACCUCUUCAACAGCCACAUAUGGUCAACUGGGCAAGACGCCGCCGCUGUCAUCAAGAAGCAGCUGCAGCUGCUCAUUCCGGACAUCAAGAUCUUCCUCGACGUGGACGAUCUCAAGAGCAUCGGGGCGCUCGAGGAGUACAUCAGCCGCUCGCAGGUGGUCCUCUUCUUCCUCUCGCUUGGCUACUUCGGGAGCAAGAACUGCGAGCGGGAGGUGCGCGCGUCGCUCGACCGGCAGAAGCCGCUCGUCCUCGUGCAAGAGGCGGACCCGAAGAAGGGAGGGACGCUCGAGGCGCCGCCGAGUAGCCGCCAAGCCCCCGCCCACCCCUCUCCUGACCUGCGAGCGGCCAUCUUCGACAAAGGCUGGCCGAUGACGACGUGGCACCGCAUCGAGGCCUUUCAGCGCGCGCUGCUUCUCUGCUCGCCUAACUACGAGGCACUGAGCAAGGAGCAGAUGCGGCUCUACGUGCCUGGCGAGGUGCAGCGCGAGGCGCUCGCCUUCCCCAAGCCGGUGGUGCUCUGGGCCUCGCCGGCCAACGCGGGCGCGGCGGAGCUGGCCGACGAGCUCACGGCCAAGUUCGGCAGAAGCAGCCUCACCGUCUCGACGGCGGAGGAGCCCUGCUCGUCCGACUCCCGGGCUUCUCGCCGCCGCUCCAGCGUCCUUCGCCGCUCGGCGCCGCGCCGUGCCGGCGACGCGACGCACAUGCUGCUCUACCUCAACGAGCACACCUUCGUCAGCGACGAGCGGCUGGCCGAGCAGGUCAAGCAGGCCCGCGCAGACAGGCUGCCGAUCGUGCUGGUGCACGAGAAUGACCCGGCGCUCGGCGGCUGUCCGUUUGACUACUUUUUUCAGACCACGCCGCAGGAGCUCAUCGCCGGCCUCGACGGGCACGCCGGCCUGUACAAGGCGCUCGCCAUGUCCUUCUUCCCAGGAGCACAUCGCGAGGCGCGUCCCCCCUUGGCGCAGUCCCCGCCUCCCACAAUCUCCAGGUAA